CCCGGGGAGCCCCUAAUGCCUUUUCACCUUAAUCGCAUUGUUAUUGUAAAUAUCUGCACCGCGGGAACACUGGAGGCCGCCGGGCCGGCUUCCCCGCCGGCGCCUCCCCUACUCCCACUCCGGGGCUGGGCCGACCGGGUAUUCCCGGAACCAGCUGGACCUGGCCGGUCACGCCAUCCCGCUCCCCAGGGCUCCAGGGCCCUUGGUCCCUUUGCAGAGGGAGCCAGCCUGGGGCGGUCAUUGAGACCCUCUUCGGACUGUGUAGCUGCGUCCUCCGAGCCACCUGGGUCCCAGCACACCUGUUUCCUCUCACACCUGGGCGCCCCUCCGCGGGUCCCCAGCUCCAGGCCUGAGUCUUGUGCGCCGGCAAGGCCCUGGGGCCAGAAGGGAGAUCGCGGCGCGCGCAGGAGCAGAAUUGCCUUCCUGAUUCCAGAGCCUGCCCGGAUGGGGCCCCCAAGGCCCAGCCCAGGCCGUGGGGGGCAAGGAUUGUCGAUGCCCCCCUUGCUGCUGGCACUGCUGCUACUCCUGCUGGCUCCAUCCCCAGGCCACACCACGCAGGUGGUGUACAAGGUGCUGGAAGAACAGCCACCCAACACCCUCAUUGGGAGCCUCGCAGCUGACUACGGUUUACCAGACGUGGGCCACCUGUACAAACUAGAGGUAGGCGCCCCGUACCUGCGGGUGGAUGGCAAGACAGGUGACAUCUUCACCACCGAGACCUCUAUCGACCGUGAGGGGCUCCGCGAAUGCCAAAACCAGUUCCCUGGUGAGCCCUGCAUCCUGGAGUUCGAGGUGUCCAUCACAGACCUCGUGCAGAAUGGCAGUCCCCGGCUGCUUGAGGGCCAGAUAGAGGUACAGGACAUCAAUGACAACACACCCAACUUCGCCUCACCAGUCAUCACGCUGACCAUCCCUGAGAACACCAACAUCGGCUCACUCUUCUCCAUCCCAGUGGCUUCAGACCGUGAUGCUGGCCCCAACGGUGUGGCAUCCUAUGAGCUGCAGGCCGGGCCCGAGGCCCACGAUCUAUUUGGGCUGCAGGUGGCAGAGGACCAGGAUGGGAAACAGCCACAGCUCAUCGUGAUGGGCAACCUGGACCGGGAGCGCCAGGACUCCUAUGACCUCACCAUCAAGGUGCAGGAUGGUGGCAACCCCCCGCGUGCCAGCAGUGCCCUGCUGCGCGUCACUGUGACGGACACCAAUGACAACGCCCCCAAAUUCGAGCGGCCCUCCUACGAGGCCGAGCUAUCUGAGAACAGCCCGAUAGGCCACUCGGUCAUCCAGGUGAAGGCCAAUGACUCAGACCAAGGUGCCAACGCAGAGAUAGACUACAUGUUCCACCAGGCACCUGAAGUCGUGAGGCGUCUUCUGCGACUGGACAGGAACACUGGACUUAUCACUGUGCAGGGCCCCGUGGACCGUGAGGACCUAAGCACCCUGCGUUUCUCCGUGCUUGCCAAGGACCGAGGCACCAACCCCAAGAGUGCCCGUGCCCAGGUGGUGGUGACCGUGAAGGACAUGAACGACAACGCCCCCACCAUUGAGAUCCGGGGCAUAGGCCUGGUGACCCAUCAAGAUGGGAUGGCUAACAUCUCAGAGGACGUGUCAGAGGAGACAGCAGUGGCCCUGGUGCAGGUAUCUGACCGCGAUGAGGGAGAGAAUGCAGCUGUCACCUGUGUGGUAGCAGGGGACGUGCCCUUCCAGCUACGCCAGGCCAGUGAGACGGGAAGUGACAGCAAGAAGAAGUACUUCCUGCAGACCACCAGCCCACUGGACUACGAGAAGGUCAAAGACUACACCAUCGAGAUUGUUGCCGUGGACUCCGGCAACCCCCCACUCUCUAGCACCAACUCUCUCAAGGUGCAAGUGGUGGACAUCAAUGACAAUGCACCUGUCUUCACCCAGAGCGUCACGGAGGUCAGCUUCCUGGAGAACAACAAGCCGGGCGAAGUGGUGGCGGAGGUCACGGCCAGUGAUGCCGACUCGGGCUCUAAUGCUGAGCUGGUUUACUCUCUGGAGCCUGAGCCAGCUGCCAAGGGCCUCUUCACCAUUUCACCCGAGACUGGAGAGAUCCGGGUAAAGACAUCCCUUGAUCGGGAACAGCGGGAAAACUAUGAAUUGAAGGUGGUGGCAGCUGACCGGGGUAGCCCCAGCCUCCAGGGCACAGCCACUGUCCUCAUCAAUGUGCUGGACUACAAUGACAAUGACCCCAAGUUUAUGCUAAGUGGCUACAACUUCUCCGUGAUGGAGAACAUGCCAGCACUGAGUCCAGUGGGCAUGGUGACUGUCAUUGAUGGGGACAAGGGGGAGAAUGCCCGAAUACAGCUCACAGUGGAGCAGGACAAUGGUGACUUUGUCAUCCAGAAUGGCACAGGCACCAUCCUCUCCAGCCUGAGCUUUGAUCGGGAGCAGCAAAGCACCUACACCUUCCAGCUGAAGGCGGUGGACGGCGGCGUCCCACCUCGCUCAGCUUAUGUUGGCGUCACUAUCAAUGUGCUGGAUGAGAAUGACAAUGCACCCUUUAUCACCGCCCCUUCCAACACCUCCCACCGGCUGCUGACCCCCCAGACACGUCUUGGUGAGACGGUCAGCCAGGUGACAGCAGAGGACAUUGACUCUGGUGUCAAUGCUGAGCUGACCUAUAGCAUUGCUGGUGGCAACCCCUACGGACUCUUCCAGAUUGGGUCACAUUCAGGUGCCAUCACCCUGGAGAAGGAGAUUGAGCGGCGCCACCAUGGGCUGCACCGUCUAGUGGUGAAGGUCAGUGACCGUGGCAAGCCCCCACGCUAUGGCACAGCCUUGGUCCACCUUUAUGUCAAUGAGACCCUGACCAACCGCACGCUGCUGGAGAACCUGCUGGGCCACAGCCUGGAUACGCCACUGGACAUCGACAUUGCCGGGGAUCCAGAAUAUGAGCGCUCCAAGCAGCGUGGCAACAUCCUCUUUGGUGUGGUGGCUGGUGUGGUGGCCGUGGCCUUGCUCAUCGCCCUGGCAGUGCUUGUGCGCUACUGCCGGCAGCGGGAGGCCAAGAGUGGCUACCAGGCCGGUAAGAAGGAGACCAAGGACCUGUACGCCCCCAAGCCCAGCAGCAAAGCCUCCAAGGGAAACAAAAGCAAGGGCAAGAAGAGCAAGUCCCCGAAGCCUGUGAAGCCAGUGGAGGAUGAGGACGAGGCUGGGCUGCAGAAGUCCCUCAAGUUCAACCUGAUGAGCGAUGCCCCUGGGGACAGUCCCCGCAUCCACCUGCCCCUCAACUACCCACCAGGCAGCCCUGACUUGGGCCGCCACUACCGCUCUAACUCCCCACUGCCUUCCAUCCAGCUGCAGCCACAGUCACCCUCAGCCUCCAAGAAGCACCAGGUGGUGCAGGACCUGCCGCCUGCAAACACAUUUGUGGGCACUGGGGACACCACGUCCACGGGCUCUGAGCAGUACUCCGACUACAGCUACCGCACCAAUCCCCCCAAAUACCCCAGCAAGCAGUUACCUCACCGCCGCGUCACCUUCUCCGCCACCAGCCAGGCCCAGGAGCUACAGGACCCGUCCCAGCACAGUUACUACGACAGUGGGCUGGAGGAGUCCGAGACGCCAUCCAGCAAGUCAUCCUCAGGGCCCCGACUCGGUCCCCUGGCUCUGCCUGAGGAUCACUAUGAGCGCACCACCCCCGAUGGCAGCAUAGGAGAGAUGGAGCACCCUGAGAACGACCUGCGCCCUUUGCCUGAUGUCGCAAUGACGGGCACAUGUACCCGGGAGUGCAGCGAGUUUGGUCACUCUGACACAUGCUGGAUGCCCGGCCAGUCGUCUCCCAGCCGCCGGACCAAGAGCAGCGCCCUCAAACUCUCCACCUUCGUGCCUUACCAGGACCGAGGAGGGCAGGAGCCUGCGGGCGCCGGCAGCCCCAGCCCCCCGGAAGACCGGAACACCAAAACGGCCCCCGUGCGCCUCCUGCCCUCCUACAGUGCCUUCUCCCACAGUAGCCAUGAUUCCUGCAAGGACUCGGCCACCUUGGAGGAAAUCCCCCUGACCCAGACCUCGGACUUCCAACCGGCAGCCGCACCGGCAUCUGCCCAGACGGCCAAGCGCGAGAUCUACCUGUGAGCCCCCUUCUGGCCUGCGGCCAACCCCUUGUCCAGCCGCCGGCCAGCUCCCGGAUGGGCCCAUUCCAGGGCCCCACUCCUGACCCCUCCAGUGUGGACUUCCUGGCCAGGGCCCCAAGUGGGGGGCGGGGGGCGUGCAGUACUGGCCUCAUGACCAUGCUGCCCUUCCCCUAUGCAGGGUCCAGGUCCUCUUCCCUCACUUCAGCCCCCAGCCCCCAGGGAGCCCCUUCUUCCCCUUCAUGGGGCUUCCCCAGCUGACGCCCAAGAGAGCUCUUCUACAGUGACUAGGCUCCCAUCCCUCGACUUCCAGGGAGCACCCCCUUACUUUGGGUAGAUGGUGGAAUCAAGGGUGGGCAACACACUUUUAAUUCAUUGUUUCCCGCAUGGCCGACCAGGGCGGAGAUAGGAUGCCCCCAUUCCAGCACUGAAGCAGGGCUGAACUGGGGAGCCCUUCUCCCUGGGAACUCCCAGAGGAAUCUCCUGACCACCAGGGGCUCCCUGAAGGGCUUUUGUUACCAAAGGUGGGGUGGGGAUGGGGGUGGGAGUGGGCGGAGGCCUUGUCUUCCCAUACUCCUCCUGGGCUGACCUGCCCACCACAUGCCCAUGCCCGUCCCACCUGGGGCCCCUUCCCUGCUGGCCAUGCAGUGUCUGUAUAUAAGGACCUUGGAAUGAUGUCCCCAUUUCUGCCUGAUUUGCAACUUUUCUCGUUGAUGUUGUGUUGUCUUGGGGGACCCCUCUGGGGGAGCCUGCCCUGUGUCCCCCACCCCAGGCCUCUAUUGUUCCAUGUUGUAAAUACCUGGGGCCGCGGCGGGAUGGGGGUGCAGGCCAGGGAAACAACAGGGGGUGGGGGUGGGGAUGGGGGUUACAUUUGCCUAUCAGCAGAGCUGGGCUUUUAUUUAAUUUUUUUUUAAAAAAAUACAAAUCUCUAUUUUUUUGGAACUGUUGCGCUGUGCCCUGGGGGGAGAUCCCCGCUCAGGCUGGCCCUCCCACAUCCCGAUAAGCAUCGCAGAGGGGCCCUGAGACUGUGGGGGCAGCUAGACAGGGGUGGGAUGACUGUGCCUCUGGCCUGGUUGGGUGAGUUGGGAGCAGGAAGGUUUGCUCAGGGGGUGGCUGAUUGCUGCCCCCAAUAGGGGGGACCUAUACCCUGCUUCCUCCCUGCCCCCCAUCCCCCAGCCCCUGCCAUGACUGACCCGUCAGCCUGUAAAACCACCAUUGCCUUGAUCUCGGGGUGGGAAGGGCUGCCUCAGGGCACCCUGGGCUCCUGGCCCCCUUCUUCCAGUUGGGCUUCCCUUUGCCAGGGUCAGGGGUCCCAUGGGGGAGUGGGUAGGGAGAUUGGGGGGCAGAGAAACCCAGUCAGCCAUGAUGAGGUGGGAUUCCUUUCUUCACCUCAGGGGGCCAGGGUGUGAGGGGCAUCCUGUAGAGCCCCCAUCUCCCACUGUGGCCAUCUCAAAGCCUCAGUCCCUCUUCCUUCCAGAAACCCCCAUUGCCUUGGCCCAUACCUCUCCAGCGCCCCAGGGACCCAGGCUGGGAGUCUGGAGACUCAGGGUAUGGCCCUUGCUAGACUUAGUCUAAGCUCGGGGGGUGGCCCAAGGAUGGGAGAGGUGGGUACAGGCUGCUGGGUUGUCUGGUGCCUUUGGGAGCUGUGUUGCUGGGGUCUUGACUCCUGUAACCCCAGAGACCCCACCUCCACCCCGAAAAAGCCAGGGGGCUGAAGAAUUAUCUUAAACUCUGCUCCUUGCCCCUAACUCGGCUUCGAGUAACAGUGCUGGGAAGGAGAGCAUUGUUAGGCUGGUGGCCCCAGCAUGCACAGCUCUUCUACGGAGGGCAGGGGGUAGAGUGAGCUGGGGUGCAGCAACCAGGUCUAGGGGUUAGCCAAAGGCUCCUUUCCCUGGGGGAGGCCCAGGAAGUGGGCUGGGGCUUGUUAAAGAGACAGCCCCUUCCCCCCUGCACAAACGGGGCAGGUGCAAUAGUGGUGGAGUUGGUUAACAUGAGGUGCCCGGCUGGUGGGGCAGUGGCUUCCUGGGUCUUGGAGGUCAGGAUCCUUGCAA